CGGUCUUUCCUCAGAAUGGGCGGGGCUUCCUUGAAUAAGAAAACUCCCCGGAUGCUGCCUACCCUAAGACCGGCUCGGAACUUUCCAGAAAAGUCGGGAUUGUCUGCUUCGACCAGAGGCAGCCGCCGACAAGGACUGAGCUUGGUUUACUGCGGGGGGAGUGGAGACCGAAAAACGGCUGGGCUUGGUUUUUUUCCCUCCUCGGCAUUGAGCGCGCGGUACCAGUGGCAGGAUGGUGAAGGAGACCACAUAUUACGAUGUGCUCGGGGUAAAGCCUAAUGCCUCCCAAGAGGAGCUGAAGAAAGCCUAUAGGAAACUGGCUCUGAAGUACCAUCCUGACAAGAAUCCUAAUGAGGGUGAAAAGUUCAAGCAGAUUUCUCAAGCUUAUGAAGUACUUUCUGACCCCAAGAAAAGAGACUUGUAUGAUAAAGGUGGAGAACAAGCUAUAAAGGAGGGUGGUAGCGGAGGUGGCUUUGGAUCACCUAUGGAUAUCUUUGAUAUGUUUUUUGGAGGAGGUGGAAGAAUGCAAAGAGAGAGGAGAGGUAAAAAUGUUGUUCAUCAGUUGUCAGUAACAUUAGAAGACCUGUACAAUGGAGCAACACGAAAGCUUGCUCUGCAGAAGAAUGUGAUCUGUGACAAAUGUGAAGGCCGAGGUGGUAAGAAGGGUGCUGUGGAAUGCUGCCUUAAUUGCAGAGGGACAGGCAUGCAAAUCAGAAUUCACCAGAUAGGACCUGGAAUGGUGCAACAAAUUCAGUCCGUGUGUAUGGAAUGCCAGGGCCAUGGAGAACGCAUCAGUCCCAAGGACCGGUGUAAAAGCUGCAAUGGAAGGAAGAUUGUUAGAGAGAAGAAAAUCCUGGAAGUUCAUAUUGAUAAAGGAAUGAAAGAUGGUCAGAAGAUAACCUUUCACGGUGAAGGGGACCAAGAACCAGGGUUGGAGCCUGGAGACAUCAUUAUUGUCUUGGAUCAAAAAGACCAUUCUUUGUUUACAAGACGGGGUGAAGACUUGGUCAUGAGCAUGGAUAUUCAGUUGGUUGAGGCACUCUGUGGUUUUCAGAAACCUAUUGCGAUGCUGGAUAAUCGAACCAUAAUAAUUACUUCUCACCCUGGUCAGAUUGUCAAGCAUGGAGAUAUUAAAUGUGUGCUGAAUGAGGGCAUGCCUAUCUAUCGCAGACCAUAUGAAAAGGGUCGUCUGAUCAUUGAGUUCAAGGUAAUCUUCCCAGAGAGUGGCUUUCUUUCUUCUGAUAAGCUGUGCCUAUUGGAAAAGCUGCUGCCUCCAAGGGAAAAUGUGGAGGAAACUGAAGACAUGGACCAGGUAGAGUUGGUGGACUUUGACCCAUCUCAGGAAAGAAGGCACCAUUACAAUGGGGAAGCUUAUGAUGAUGACGAGCACCAUCACAGAGGGGGCGUCCAGUGCCAGACCAGUUAAAAAGGCCCCACGAGUCCCCCUUGUGCUGCCUGUCUCGUACAUCAGUUGUGGAUGAGUGAAGGACUGCAGUUGCUCAACUCUUAAAACUUGCCAUUGUCUCCGUAAUAUUAAAACAUGCAGUUUUUAAAUCAAGUUAACAAACUAAAACAGUAAAAACUACUUCAAUCAAGUAGGAUGACAUUCAUAUUUCUAUAUGGCCUCCUAAGAAAAUCCAGAAGCCAACUCGCUCUGGCUGUUGUUGGUUUUUUUUUAAUUUUGUGCAUUGUAAUUGUAUUGUGUGCAAAUGCACUGGCUUAGUAUUCAGUGAUUUCUGUUUAGUAAUUAAAUUAUAUUGCCUCUUAAGUAUGCACAUGUAUUUAUGAUUCAUGUUAAGAUGUGAAAUUAAAGGUUUUGUAUUCAUCA